CAAAGUUCCGGGGGGGAAGGGCGAGGCGAUGUUCGUAGGGGAUGAGGGGGCUAGUCGCUUUGGCUCCCGCCCCACGCGCUCACGGCGCCCUAUUUCCCACGACCCUCCCCCUCCGGGGAGCCUGCCUGGAUUCACGCCGUCCCGCUCGAGACCAGCAUCCUCUGCGCACCAAUUCUCCUCAUGAAAGCCUGUGCGGACCUCCAGAUCCUCACGGAGCUUGCUCCGAUUUAAAUUGUCUUGGCUCUCGUUCUCGCUAUUGUAGCCUUCCAUCAGCAACCAGGCCCUUUCGACAACUGUAAUCGCAGCGGCAACUUGUCUUUACUGAGCAAGGACGUGCAGGACACUUGAUCUGCUUCGUAUCCUGUGAGGAAGGUAUUAUUCUCAUUUUACAGAGAAGGAAACUGAGGCUGGGGGUCAUUUAAGUGACUAGUCCAAGUUCUAGCCAAGUGCUGAACUCUUUCAGGAUGCCAGCUGCUUCCCAAACCUUGCCUCUACAAGCCUUGUCUCUCUUAGCCCCCUGACAUCCACCUUAAACUUAAGCCAAACUGAACUACUCACCUCUCUUAAACGUUACCUGCCGGUGAGUGGACUCAUGACCCCAUGCACAAUGGGAUCGGACCCUUGCGACCCAUAGGGUUUUCAUUUGCUGAUUUUUGAAAGUAGAGCUCCAGGCCCUUCUUGCUAACCCUUCUUAGUCUGGAAGCUCCACUGAAUUGUGGCUAAGCAUCAUAGCAACACUGAUAGACAGCUGGUGGCUGUGCAGGAAGCGCGUUGGCCAGGAAUUCAGCCUAGGUCUCCCACGUGGAAGGCGAGACUUCUGCAACUGGACCACCACUGCCCCUCUCCUCUCCUAGACACCAGGAUUUGUCUUUGAGAAGCCUGUAUUCAGACUGCUUCUGAUCUCUGGAAUGCUCUCUCCUUUCUCUCCAUCAGCUCAAAUGCUACCAUCUUCACUCCCUGAAUCAGACAGGAGAUGCCAACACAGUCUCAAGUGUCCACCUGAUACAAGUAGCUCACACUUCAUCAACAUCUCUCUCCAACCUAUUGUCCAGUCCCUUCCAUGUCUGAUGAGUAGUCUUCGGGAAUGGUUCCUGUCCUGGGCCAACAGAAGGUUUCGGGACCAGGACUGCCGGGAUUCCUCUAGUCUCAGUCAGACCAUUAAGUCUGGUCUUUUUAUGAGAAUUUGGGGUCUGCAUCCCACUGAUCUCCUGCUCCCUCAGGGGUUCUCUGUUGUGCUCCCUGUCAGGGCAGUCAUCAGUUGUGGCCGGACACCAUCUAGUUCUUCUGGUCUCAGGAUGAUGUAAGUCUCUGGUUCAUGUGGCCCUUUCUGUCUCUUGGGCUCAUAGUUGUUGUGUGACCUUGGUGUUCUUCAUUCUCCUUUGACGAUCUACUUUUAAAAAGGAUCACAUCACUCCGGCCUCUAAUGGAAUACAGGGCACAGAGGGCAAGGAUGGUAGCUCUCCCUAGGGUGACCAACUUGUCCCAGUUUACCUGGGACGUCUCUGGUUUUAGCAUUGAAAAUCUCAUGCCUAGGAGCCUCCUCAGUCCCAGGCAAAGUGGGAUGAUUAGUCACCCUACACGGAGACCAGUAAUCCAAAUGAGAGAUGGUGGUGCUUGGACUAAAGUGGUAGUGAUGGAAAAGUAGUCAGACUCUGAGUAUAUUUUGAAAGCUGAGCCUAAAGAUUUUGCUAAUGGAGUGAAUGUGGGUGUGAGAGAAUGAACAGAGUCAAAGAUAACUUGAAAGAUUUUAGCAUGAACAACUGGGAGGACUGAGUUGGCAUUUAUGGAGAGGAGGAAGGCUGCAGUUGGAGUUUUAGAGGAUGAUCAGGAGUUUGGUUUUGGACAUGUUAGUUUGACAUAUUUAAUAGAUUGGCAAGGAGGCAUGUCAAGCAGGCUGUCGGGUACAUAAGUCUAGAGUUCAGAGUGGUCCUGAGCAGGCUGGAGAUACAAAGUUGGGAGUUGCCAGUGUUUAUAUGAAGUCAUGAGUCUGGAUGAGAUCACUGAGGGAAUGAAUGUAGAUGGAGGAUUGAGCCCUAGGACACUCUAGCAUUUAGAGAUCAGAGAAAAAAGGAGAAACCAGGAAAGGAGACUGAGAAGAGGAACCACAAGGUAGGACGUGAGCCAAGGGUAAGCAGAACCUGGAGAGAAAUUUAUUGUGAAUAUUGCCCCAAGUCACAUGCUCAGUGACUAUAAGAGGCAGUAAUUAAAUCGUGCCAAGAGGCCAAGCUAGGACCAGUAAUGUAUCCUACAGGGAGGUUAAUUUGGGCUUAACUAGGGAAGGGAUUUCUAACUGAGCUGCCCCUAAAUAGUUCAGACUGCCUCAGGAGGUGAAUAAGUCCCUGACUUAAGCAAGUCCUGGAGGGAUUAGUUGCUGAGUAGGGUAGAUCUACCCCGAGGACUCAAAUAUCUGAUGGGAGUUGGACUAAACAACUCUCAAAGUCCCUUCGAAUUAGAAGAUGAUGUGAUUCUGGGAAGUCAAUUGAAGUGACUAUCACAGAGUAAAGGUUGAGCUGAGCCUUGAAGGAUAAGCAGGUAUUCAGUGGGGAGGGGAGCGCCUGGGUGAGGGAGCAGCGUGAGUAAAACUCCACAGAUGUAAGUGGGGUUUCUAAAGGAGUCUGGCCUGGCCAGAAGGGAAAGACGUGUGAAGGAUGGGGAAAGAGAUGAGACUGGAAAGGAAUGUAUGGCCAGACGGUGCAGAUCUCCCACAGGGCCUGAUGUCCAGGAAACACUUGCCAAUACUUGUUGAAGGAAGGCAACCAAACAAAAGAGAGACUGGAGCCAAGGAAGGAGGUAUUGACUGCUUGGUUCCCUUGAGCAGGUUGUCUCCUGACAACUUGGUCAUAGACUUCUUGAGGGCAGGAAUUGCCAACACUGUGUGUUCCCUAUUCCACUGCCCACUGGGAAUAGUGUGUUCCCUAUUCCACUGCCCACUGGGGAUAAGUAUCCAUUAAUUCCUCCCUAAAGACCAGCUAUAUAGAUAAGCCCCUAAGGGAGCUAGGACCCUUUCCUGGGGGACUGCUUUGUGGGUUGACCAUAAGGGUUGGGGGCAGACAAUUCAGUGGCUGAGUCAGUCUGAUAGAAGCAGUAGAGAAAUACCAUAUCCAUGAGACCCUACUGGAUAAAGCUCCUUCCUUUUUUUUCCACCAAACCAGGGCCACUCUAUAAGCACUGCCCCCUGGAAUACCCGAUGCUCAGAACCCAGUGACCUCUCCCUUAGGGAACAAUGGGGCCUGGACAUUCUGGGGAGUCCCAUUGGCUGGACAAGGGCAGGUGGGUGAACGCUGUCUCCUCAGAGUCAACAGCUGGGUAUCAAGGCUCAACCUUAUGGAUUCCCCACGGGAGGACCUGAGCCUCCCUGGCGGUAAAUGCCCCUCCAAUUCCUGCCUCUUGCCUUGUGUCCUUGGGCUUGGGGGCAAUUAGGGAAGACCCUCUGCAUGGAUGGGGUGAUGGCUGCCUGCGUGGAGGAGUGAUAAGCGGUUAAGAUAUGGUUUCCUCUAGAAAACAAAUGAUUUCUUGAGGGCAGAGACCAUGUUUCUCAUCCCGACCAGAGGGAGUACUAUGAGUACUCCAGGCCCAUCACAGCUGAAUAGUAAAGGGGUGUGGUGGAAUGGUAUGAAAGAUUGGUGCCUCCUUAAACUGGUGAAUUUUUACCUCCUUGAUGGACCCUGCCCUUAGUGAGAUUUCUGUUUGAUGGAUUGGUUGGGUCUUGAGUUGGGAACCAGAGGUUUGCUUGUCUAAGCCUAGGUAGGCCAUGUCCCCUCUAUACCUAGUUUUCCUUUCUAUAGAGAGAUAAAGGUAGCCUCUAAGCUCCCUGGAAAUCUAGCUGUGAUUAAAUAAAAGAAUGAUGAGGUUAAGUCAAUGAGGGAAGGAAGGAAUGCACAGGGUGGUUAAGAGGAUGGAGUGAUUGAUGAAUGAGUUAAGUCAAGGAGAGGAACGCGAAACAGUUCAGGCUCCAAGCCAGAGGUAUCAGCCAGCCUGCCUCUUUUUCUUUCUUACUGUCUUAGUGUGGGUCUCAUUGUACUUUGGAUUCCUGGGGCUGUGUUCUUUGGUAACCGGCGGCUGCAUCCUCUUCCUGCACUGGAGGAAGAACUUGCGGCGAGAAGAGCGUGCCCAGGAGUGGGUGGAUGUGAUGAGAGCUGCCACGUUCACCUACAGCCCACUGUUGUAUUGGAUUAACAAGCGACGGCAGUAUGGCAUGAAUGCAGCCAUCAACAUGGGGCCUCCUCCUGCUGUCAGCAAGACUGAGACUGAGGCCCAGAAUCCAGAUCCUCUGUGGGAGUUGGAUGUCCCCAAGGGUAGCAGCCAUGCUGUCCAAGACAGUAGCCCCAAAGUGGGAGCCCCUGUCCCCAUGCAACCUGCACUGCAGCUGAUGCCACAACAGCCCCUAACCACCCCAAUACCGCAGCCUCAGGCCAACUCCCCACUUUCAAUUCCCAUCUUUGAGGAGGUGCCCUUUGCUCUGUCCCUAUGCAACCUACCCCCCAUGCUGAACCAUUCUGUCUCCUACCCUUUGGCCAUCUGUCCUGAGAGGAACACCCACUUCCAUUCCCUCCCCACAUUGGCCCAUGGUGACCACUGUGCCAAUGCCAAGCCUUUUGCUUCAGAACUGUAGGAUCCUCUCACUGAGAGUGGAAGCUGCAGGCAUUGGGGCAGAGUAGGAAAUGGAGCCAACCUCAGGGGGGCAGUAUCAUCACAGAGGUCAGUGCUCAUAUGGAUGUCAUGUUAAUGAAAGAUUAAAAAAAAAAGUCCAAGGCUCAUUUGUGUCUCAUUUGCUAUUAGAAGGGCAAUAUCCUUCCCCUCUUUGAUAAGGGCUCUUUGCAAACCAAACUGAAGGUCACUGAGUUUCACUAACCAGCACUGUGGGUGAGUGGGCUCAAUAUCCCUCCAGUAUUUAUUAAAGACCAAUAAUAUCAGCCAAGCUCUGGGCUAGGUACCCAAAAGAGCUGCUCUUCUGUGGGAUUUUAAGCACAGUUGCCACAAAAGUGCAAGCUGCUGAGGUUGCACAAUCUAUGGCAAUUCACAGUGGCCAUGUUGCAGGCAAACCAAGUUGUCAUGAAACUACCGCGUGAACU